AUGACUUUCACUUCAAGCUCUAUAGGUUCUGAAGUGACUGAGGCCAAUGUGAGAACCAUGGACUUGCCACAGUUGGUAGAGGAGGAGCCUGACCAGAUGGACAGACGUUACUGUGAAGGAGUUGGUCAAGAAAGAGUCACAGGACUCUGUGCUGCUGGUUAUUACUGUGUGAAGAUGGCGACAACUCCAACUCCAAAUGAUGGUAUUUCUGGAAAAGCCUGUCCUUCAGGACAUUUCUGUGUCAGUGGAGCUGCUGCUCCUCAACCAUGUCCACUUGGUUAUUAUAGCAACAGCUCUCAGAACUCCAGGGUGGAAGAUUGCCUUCCAUGCCCCCCAGGAUUUUCCUGUGACAGGAAAGGACUCAUUUCACCUUCCCAAGCCUGUGAUGCUGGGUUUUAUUGUCCAUCUGCCCAGAAUUCCAGCAGACCAGCUCCUUUCAUCUGUGCUAAAGGACACCAAUGCCCUCAGGGAAGUGCAGAACAACAACCGUGUUCCUCUGGCACAUAUCAAGACCAGGCUGGACAGGCCUCCUGCAUCCCCUGUCCUGCUGGAUUUUUCUGUCAUUUAACGUCCAACAAUUUUUCUAACUCUUUACAAGGAGUGCAGACACCUCACCCAUGUCCUGCAGGAUAUUACUGCCCAGAAGGUUCAGGGUUUCCUUCCCAAUUUCCAUGUCCAGUUGGAACAUUUAGCAACCGUACUGGGAUGGGUGCAGUCACAGAUUGUCUAUUGUGUCCUCCUGGGAAGUACUGUGACCAAGAAGGCCUGACUGAACCAAUGGGAGACUGCUGGGAAGGGUAUUGUUGCAUUGAAAGAUCUUCCUCUCCAAAUCCAACUGAUGGAAUUACAGGUCAGAGGUGCCCCAGAGGUUCAUACUGCCCCAAAGGUACUGAGUAUAUUAUACCCUGCCCAAUUGGACACUUUGGGCCUAUCCAAGGUAGUGGGUCAGAAAUUAAUUGUCUCCCCUGCCCGCCGGGAUUAUUCUGUAACUCCUCUGGCCUGGUGGCUGCAACUGGAAAAUGCAAUGCUGGCUACUACUGUACAGGAAACUCAAAGACAGCAACACCCAUAGAUCAUAUGACAGGUGGUAUGUGUAAGCCUGAGAGCUACUGCCCAGCUGGUGCUGCACAUCCAGUUCCAUGCGAUCCUGGUAAAUACUGCAAUGGGUUUGCUUUGUCAACUCCUUCUGGCCCAUGUCGAGCUGGUUAUUUUUGUGAUGGAAAUGCUUAUAGACCUGAUCCGCCGGAGAAUGUUUGCCCACCAGGACAUUAUUGUCCUGCAGGAUCAAAAGCUGCCUUACCCUGUCCACCAGGGACAUUUGCUGAUACAGCCGGUAACCCAGAUGUUUCUCACUGUCAUUUAUGUACUCCUGGAUUUUACUGUCCUGGAUUUGCAAAUAUUAAUGCUACCAAAGUGUGUCAAGCAGGGUAUUACUGUCCUAGUGGUCAAUCAGAACCAGCUUCAGUAGGGUUCAUUUGUCCAAUUGAUCACCACUGUCCCUCUGGCAGUUCAAAUCCCAAGCCAUGUCCUCCUGGGCAAUAUCAGGAUCAAAAUGGACAAAUACAUUGCAAGCCAUGCCCAUUUGGAAAGUACUGUGGUCCACUGCACCUGCUUGGACGACACAUCGAAAAUAAGCCAGUCUCAGUCCAACCCAUUGACUGUCCAGCUGGCUAUUACUGCAUUCAAGGAAUCCAGUAUCCAUGUCCACGGGGCUCUUACAGUAACCGGACUGCUCAAGUCAGUACUGAGCAGUGUGAGGCAUGUCCAAGAGGGAAAUAUUGUGCAGUGGAAGGUCUGAGUCAUUACUCCGGUCUUUGUGACCCAGGCUGCGUUUGCUUGCUGCGGGCCACCACCUCCUGCCCUUCAGAUAACAUCACUGGUUACCUGUGUCCACCUGGGCACUAUUGCCCCCAAGGUUCUGGCUAUGGAAUAAGAUGCCCAGCCGGAACAUUUGGCCCUAGGGAUGGUCUGUCAUCUGUUAUGGAAUGUGUUCUGUGUACACCAGGUUUCUACUGUGACGUGGAAGGGCUUGCUUCUCCAACAGGACCUUGUUUCCCAGGGCAUUACUGUGUGCUUGGUGCCAGAACAGGGAGUCCUUUUGGAGAUCAAACAGGGGAUAAGUGUCCACCAGGUUACUUCUGCCCUUCUGAGACUGACAGUCCUAAACCUUGUCCCCCAGGAACUUACCAACCUUUGUCAGGUGUGACCUCCAGAAAUGAAUGUCUGCCUUGUCCAGGUGGAAAGUAUUGUGAAAGUCAGGGACAAAGUAAUGUUUCUGGAGACUGUUCAGCUGGAUUUUACUGCAUCUCUGGUUCGAGCAGUGCCUUCCCUUUGGAUGGCAGCAUGGGUGCUCCGUGCCCUGUGGGGCAUUAUUGCCCAGCUGCUUCUAGCCAGCCUUGGGCAUGCAGAAAUGGCAAGUAA